AUGGAGCCGCCAGAAGGCGCAGCGGACAUUGUCCAUCCUGAAGUUCGAGCACACAUUAGCAGCCUUGUGUCUGCGCUCGGUGGUGUAAGUGCAGAAGAUGAUGGCAACUACCAGCUCGGUGACGAUGCGCUGGAAGUGCUGCGCGAUCUGAAGCGCUGGAUUCGCUUUUAUGACGAGAAAACGAAUCGCAUGGACGUUGCACGAUGUAUUCACGAGGCGAACCUGAUUGAGGGAGAUUUGCUACCGAUUCUCAAGACAUGGCCCGAGAACGCAAUGGACAACAAGUUUCGAUCUCGAGUUGCGCUGGCUUGCUUCGAAUUAAUGGUGCCAUUGACAUGGCCGAUGGAGUGGGACAAGGAGCGCAUGACGGUGAACCAUCACAGGCAUUUGCCCGUCUUGGAGCUCGCGCAAGUUCAAUACAAGAGGGCCAUUAUAAACUUUGACGGUGCCCGUAUCUUGCAUGCAGCCGUCAGAGCAGCCUUACCUGCCAUGGCACUUCCAAUUGGCGACCGAUCAGCGAGGGACCAGGGGAUUAUCAAGCUUGUCCUAUUCUUCUUGCGAAACAUGGCCGCCAUCGCGCCACCUCCUAACGUCAAAUACGAGGGCGAUGAAUCUCAGGUCUCCCGAUCGGCUACGAUUGACGCGUUCUCCUAUCAAGACAUAUUUCAUGUACUGCUCACAUUAUCAUCUAAUAUGGGCGAAGACUUCAGAACGGAGGACACGACGGUAAUGGAGAUCAUAUAUCACCUGGUCAAGCGUGUUGAUUCGGCAAAGCUCUUCAUGAAUGAGCAGCAGUUGAACAAAGCUAAAGCCAACGAGUUAUCAGCAUUAAUGAACAAGGAAUCUUCAAUGCUACGGUCAUAUAAUCGAAAAGGGGCAACUCGACAUAAUCGAUUUGGAACCAUGAUAUGGGUUAAGAGAGAGGGCGGCAAGAUGUCGUCCUUGUCAGGACAAGAUGCACUGGCUAACGCAUCCGUUCGCAAUCAGAAGAUGGACGACAACAAGACUUUCAAACCCCCUCGACGACCGAGGAAAGACAACAAGGAUGAGAGGGAUCUUGGUCCUCCCGGCAAGCUCAACGCUCGCGCCAAUGAUCAACUGCGCAAGUUUGUUGACGAGUUUCUUGACUCUGGCUUCAACCCGCUAUUCCAACACGUUCGCAAGACCAUUGACCGAGAAGCGCCACAUCUGCUUCAGUACCACCGCCGACAAUUCUUUUACUUGGUUGCUUGGUUCUUGGAGACAGAACGGGCCCGGAGAAAGGCUAAAGGAUCAAGCAGCCAGCCAGCCGGAGACGUCAGCAGCUUCCACUUGGUUGCUGGUGUGUUGAAUCAGGAAAUGUUCAUCACCAUGAAUCGGGUAUUGCAUGAGAGCUACGACAUGAAAGAUUGGACAGACUUAACCGCGGUGAUGCGAUGCUUUACUCAGAUUCUCUUGACGGUUCAAGAAAUGACAGAGUCUGCCAACGAGGACGAUCAAGAAAUUGCUGAAAACGUUUUGAGCCGACUCUUUUACGAGGAAGCCACACACGAUGCCAUUGCCAACAUCAUCAGGACAUACAAGGACCAGGGGUUUGACUACCUGGAUGCGUCUACUGAACUCGUGCACCAUUUUCUGCGCAUCUUGGAAGCCUACUCAAAACAAAACACGGACAUGCAGGUUCGGUCGAGGAAGAGAACACGUAGGAAGAAGAAGCAAGCCGCCCAAGAAAAUGGUAACGAAGACGAAGAGGAGUUGGACGAUUCAGCUGAUGAUGAAGCGUCUGCUGAGCGUACAUCCAAAGAACGCAAGUUUGACUUUCACAAAUUUUCCAGUCGAUUCACGCCUCAAGGCGUCGUCGAUACGUUUACCAAAUUCCUUAAAUACUACCAGGACUUGACAGACACGCAGUUGAAGCGCGCACAUCGGUACUUUUACCGCGUGGCUUUCAAGCAGGACAUGAGCGUGAUGCUCUUUCGAGUGGAUAUUAUUUAUCUGCUGUAUAACAUGAUCAAGGGUACAAACGCCUUGGAUAAGUCAUCGAGCAUGUUCAAAGACUGGGAGGAAUUAGUGAAGCAGAUUAUGCGGAAGUGCUGCAAAAAGAUACAAGACCGACCAGAGCUCAUCAUUGAAAUGCUGUUCAGCAAGCUAUCAAGUACCGCAUUCUUCUUGGAAUACGGCUACGAGAGACAAACUACGAGCAAGUCGCAGCCUAAGCCCGCAGCCGAACUAGAGUUCAAACACACAGAAGAGCGAGACCAGCAAGUUGCCAUUGCAGUUGGCGCCUUGUUAGAUAAGAAUGGAAGCGACCACAUCAACUGGGUGAGACAGAUACUAUCCGACGCGGAGUCGGAACGUCGUGCUUGGUCUGCCGCAGAGGAUGCGAGGCGUGAUACUGAGGAGGUUUUUGGAGAUGAGCCUGUGCCAGAUGCGGAACCAGAAUCCCCUCCUGCGUUCAGUGUCCGCCCUGAUAAUCCAGAGCGACGAACCGCCAUGUUCAAAAACGCACACCUUCGUCUCCUCAUGAAACUAUGCGGCAUCCAGCUCAUGGGACCAGCGUCUGAAGAAACUCCAGAAAGUCUCUGGGUUGUACCUGGGGACAUAACGCCAGACCAACUCAAAGACAGCAUCCACUUCAUCAACCAAGCCGAAUUCAGUCCACCAACAUUUGAAGACGGCGUCCUUGCAGAAAACCAACUCAAACGCAAAACUGCACCGAAAAAGAAGGCCGCCUUCGACGACGAAGAAGAAGACGAUGUUGACGGCUUUCUCGACGACGAAAUGCUCUUCCCGGCCGGCGGCCCAACAGCCCGUCGCGUCGCAGAUGAGAAGAAGAAGCCCAAAAAGACACGCAAGCGCCGCAAGGGCAGCGACACAGAAGAAGUCGACGAAUCUGUACUGGAGGAAAAGUCACGCAAGCGAAGGGAAAAGGAGCUUGAAAAAGCUCGCAAGAUCAAGUCAGCUCUGUACGUGCAGGAGGGCGACGACGAGUUCGAUUCCGACGAGGACGAGGCAUUCUUUGCUCGAGAGCGUCAGAUUGCAGAGCGUGCGAAAAGAGCGGCUCAAACGGCAGUUAGUGAGCCGAUUUUGCCACGAAACAAGAGGAAGUCCGAGGCUUUACUGGAUAGUGAUGAUGAGGACGAGGCUGAUGAGUUGAGUCUGGCGAGGAAAAUACUAAGUAGCCAGGAGGAUGGGGCGGAUAGCGAGACGGACGAUACGCCCCUCGAUUUGAGCGAUGGAGAGUCAAGGAAGAGGAGGAAGACGAGUGUGGAGGAAGAUGAAGAUAUGGGUGUUGAUAUCGUGUCCAAGAUUGCAGAAAUGCAGGACGAUGAUGCGGAAGAGACGACAGAGGUUGUCGUUGCGAGGAGACCAAGGGUACGGGGUGGGUUUGUCGUGGAUAGCGACGAUGACGAGUAG